AGUUCCGGAGGCGAUUGAGCUCACGGAGAGCGAUCAUGAGGACGACGGACACAACGGAGAUCAUGGCGAAGAUGGAGGUGUUAUGGAGGGCACUGACGAGGACGCUUGCUGCAUCUGCCAGGACGUGGUGGAUAUACUGAAACAAGGUCAUCUGUCUAGUUGCGACCACCGCUUCCACUUCGACUGCAUCAUUGCCUGGGCCAAAGUUACCAACUUGUGUCCAUUGUGCAAGACCAAGUUCAACUCGGUAACACGACAGGACGCACAGGGUGCAGUGGUGCAUCGUGAAGUUAUCAAGGACGUUAAACAGGUUUAUCGACCAGAUCCAUCCGACCACGAUAUUGCCGCUCAAUUGCGACUGGUGAAUCAAGCAAGAUGCGAACUUUGCGGCUCUGGCGAAGACGAGCACGUGCUGCUGCUGUGCGAAGCGCUGGGCUGUGGGGUAGCCAACCAUACGUACUGUAUUGGACUGCGAUCUGUGCCCAAUACAUCGUGGUACUGCUCAAGACACGCCACAACCCAGCAGAGGGCUAGUGACGCUAUCGAACGACCAGCCACGACGGUAUCUACGCGACGUCGGACACGACGAUUGGCCAGUUUAAUGUCCAAUGUACUACGUGGGCGUGGCGGAUCAACGUCAACGCGAUCUCGAAGGCGUGGAACCCCGGGCUUUGUUGCAGUGGAAGAAGCAGAAGACCGACGACCGGUGCGAGGAAUCGCAGCGGCGUAUGCACUACGAAUGUCAAGAGAACUCAUGCAGGUGCAAUUACGAGCCGAUGCCAUGUUCGCACGUGGGGACUUGACUCAGUCCUCCUUGUAUGGACGGAGAAAUGAAGAUACUGGGAGUUCUCGACUCGGCACACGGUCUACUGGUGCAUCGACGCCUUCUACAAUCGAUCAGAUGUGGGAAGACCAAAGUCGAAGCAGGCAAGAACUCGCAGCCACGGCGAUUGCAACACGCGAUUCAAGUUUGCUCAAUGAAAGUGGGAAUAAUCGACCCAGCCAACGCAGCAAUCGCGUGUCUAGCACGUUUGCUCCGGAAUAUUGCGAGCUUGCCAAACUGAUGCAAGAUGCUGUAAACAGCGAUAAUUACGCGUCGUCCGUAUCGUUGUUGAUCCCCAAGACAGCCAAAUUGAGGCUGGUAUCCCGAGUCAAAACGUUUUUCGGCCGACUGAAUCAAAAGGAGAAGGCCGCUGGGGUUGAGCUGGGCUGUCUGUCAGUACUACACGAUUGGAUUCGCGUUCCAGAACAGGAAGGAGACACUUCUACAUCACCCAAUGCACAGGUGCUAGAUGCUGUUAUUGCCAUCUUAGAGACGCUGCCUGUCCGAAAGGAAGACCUUGUUGACGAGGAAGGCUUGCAGGCCACAUUAGACAGUCUGUCGGAGCUUUCUGAUGUUGGUAUCGAAAUUCGACAGCGAAUUAUCGAACUCAGCGAGAAGUGGCGAGAUCUGAACCCUCCAACACCGAUUGAGUCCCCACGGCCUCAAGCAACUCAACAAGUAUCGUCACCUGUUAAUGCUGCGCCGAGUUUGCCAGUAAUUGAGGCAUUUACUUCGCCAAAGCGCCCAGCACGAGCAAAUGGCAAACAAAAACGAAAACGAGAAGCGUAAGUACUAUUCUUUUGGCGCUUCAAGCGAAUAGCUAAGGUAACUUUAUUUUUUUUCUUUUGAACAGGUGGUCAGAUACUGUGGUCGAGUAUGUGAAGGCCAAGCUGUACCCGCUGUACAAGCAGAAUGACGGCUCUGGCAAGCUGACAAGGGAACGCUUUAAGGCGAUCGUAAAGGAAGUGGCCGAUCUGUUUUCGCAGGAGGCAGCAUCCAUGCAAUCUGCUGUGUUGUUACCUUCUGGAGAACUAUCGAACCUCGCCAAGUCACGCAUCAAGAAACUCAUCGACAGAGUGUACAAGGCGUCCACAAGUGCUGCUGCCUCCUCUCGCACAAGGUUUCCUACUCCGCUACUUAUGCGAGCAUCGACAUACUCUGCUGUCCCCUCAGUGAAGCGCCAACGGAGAUAAAUAAUUCAUGACUACUUUAAAAAAUAAUUUCUUCUCGAAAGAAGAGAAGCAGGGUGAUUAGAAAUAAUACACAACCUUAACAGGGUCACAUAUAAACGCUUAAAAACUCAUGACAAAUACAUUCCAAGAGAUGCCGAG